UGCUGACUCACAUGUGCAGCGAUUGGCGCGCCGUGUUUGGCGCCAGUUGCCGUUCGAAGAGAAACCGUCCACUGGAUAUGGCGGAGUCUGAUGUGUGCUUUGAGUGUGGGGGGAGUUCAACGUACUGCAACGAAUGUACACGCUGUUCAAGGGUGCUUCACAAACAGUGUGCGGCCCUAAUGCGCAUGCAGCAUGGAGCGGUCACGUUGAUCUGUGUGCAGUGCAUGCAGCCACAUGAGGAGGCUCCGGCUGGGUUCAUUCCUCCUUCACAUAUCAUGGGCUCGUUUCCGCCUCCCCGCAAACAACCACAAGUGCUUGUCCCGGAAACCCAGGACUCAAGUGCGUCGCAGCGUGUCCAGUCCCAAGGCUCGACCUUCGAUGAGACGCAGUCCCAGGAUGGAGACAUCAUGGCACCCCGGUCUUCGCAAGCUGCGUCUCUUGUGUUUGGAGGACGCCCCCUUCCUCUUUCCCAAUCACGGGUGGGCUCUUCUCGAGCACGAGUGUCUGCUUCUGACUCGCAGGACUCUAAUACAUCUCGGCGGCGUGUCCAGUCCCAAGGCUCGACCUUCGAUGAGACGCAGUCCCAGGAGGGAGACAGCAUGGUACCCCGGUCUUCGCAGGAUACAAUGAACCCCACCCAAUCGUUAUUGGCGCCUCGCGAAGAGCCGUCGUCGUCGUCGGCUAAACGGUCCAAGCGAGCAGGCGGCAACAGGACCAGGGGGAAGGACGCCAAUCCCAGGGGCCCGCUGAUUCCCUGGACCAGGCGUUUUGAGGGGAUGACAUCGUUGUUUGACCUCCCACAAACACCGAAGGUGUUGGGAGAGCGGUGUAGGAUUCGAGUUUCUCGAAAGUUCAAGGAACAGUUCAAAGAAGCACGGUUCGCUGUGCAAGCUACUUCAUCCUCUGGUUCGGGAUCGCGCCAAGCAUCAACGCUCGUGGGUGAGCUGCGGGCGCAAGGCAACACGGACGAGAGGCUGCGACGCGCUUGCCAAGUCCACGAUGACCUAGGGGAGCAGUCGUACGCGUCGCUUUCUCACCUCUUUGAGGGCAACGUUGCCACGCGGGACGGUGCCCGCGACCAGUCUGGCCUUGACCCGCAUCGACGCCAAGCAAGGCAAACGACGCAAGGCGAGGUUGAUGUUCCGGACGUGCUUCAGUUGAUGCUAAACAACGUCCUGGAACAGGAAAAGGCCCAGACCAGCGCACGGGAACAGUUUGCAGCCCUCAUCGCCUCACAGACGAAGGCAAUCGAGGAGCAGACCAAGACCAACAAGGAGCAGGCCCAGACCAACAAGGAGCUCAGGGACUGCAUUGGGACCCUCGUGGCUGCCGUGCGGAGCUUGCGUCGCCGGCAGGACAAGAAGUCGUCUUAACACCACUCUUUCUGUCUCUGCUUCCAUAUUCA